CGGAGAGGGGUGUGUGUGGGGGCAGCUAUGUAAGGUGGGGCGCCUGGUGCUCAGUGUCAGUCCAUAGCCACCCUCCACCAUGCAAGCCUUCAGCCUCCUGAUCUGGGGGACCCUGCUGGCCCUGUGCGGGGCUGAGGAAGGUCUCCACUUCCCCACCUAUGAUGGGAAGGACCGUGUCCUGGAGGUUGGGGAGAGGAACUAUCGCCAGCUGAUGAAGAAACAUGAUGUCUACUGUGUCCUGGUGCUGGAGAGUCCGGAUCCAGGAGACCGCACCGCGCAGAGGCAGGCGCACCUGACUGAGAUGGUGCUGGAGCUGGCCGCACAGGUUCUGGACAAGAAACACGUUGGUUUUGGACUUCUGGAUCCAACAAAGAAUCCAAAGGUUGCAAAGAAACUUGGGUGUACAGAGGAAGGGAGCCUCUACGCCUUUAAAGAAGACAAUGUGAUAGAGUUUGAUGGGGAGAUGGCGGCUGACGUGCUGGUGGAUUUCUUGCUGGAUCUGAUCGAGGACCCUGUCGAGAUCAUUAACAGCCACGCAGAGCUGAAGGCGCUGGACCGGAUGGAGGAAGAAACCAGAGUGAUCGGCUAUUUCAAAAAUGAAGAAUCUGACCAGUACAAGGCGUUUGAAGAGGCUGCAGAACAUUUUCACCCGUACAUCAAAUUCUUUGCAACGUUCGACAAGUCGGUGGCGAAGUCUCUGACCCUGAAGGUUAAUGAGGUGGAUUUCUAUGAGCCAUUUAUGGAUGAACCAGUCACCGUCCCGGAUAAACCGUACACAGAGGACGAGCUAGUGGACUUCAUAACCCAACACAGGAGGGCCACAUUACGUAAAUUGCGCCCAGAAGACAUGUUUGAAACAUGGGAGGAUGACCUGAAUGGAAUCCACAUUGUGGCCUUUGCAGAGGAGGAGGACCCAGAUGGUUAUGAGUUUGUCCAGAUCCUGAAGGAAGUUGCCAGAGAAAAUACAGAGAACCCUGAACUCAGCAUAGUCUGGAUCGAUCCUGAUGAUUUCCCACUGCUGGUGACAUACUGGGAGAGGACAUUCCACAUUGACCUGUUCAGGCCUCAAAUUGGAGUUGUGAAUGUCACAGAUGCUGACAGUGUGUGGCUGGAUAUGGAAGAUGCCGAGGAUUUACCAUCACCAGCCGAGUUGGAAGAGUGGAUAGAAGAUGUGUUAUCUGGGAAGGUCAACACAGAGGACGAUGACAAUGAUGAAGACAAUGAUGAUGAUGAUGAUGAUGAUGAUGACGAUGACGACGACGAUGAUGACGAUGACGACGAUGAUGAUGAUGAUGACGAUGAUGAUGAUGAUGAUGACGAUUAAAAUGUCAUGUAGUCUGAGAACUACAUUGUAACUUACUGUGUUAAUGUAUGAGAAGUGACAGGAUUUAUGGACCUUUUAUAUCCAGAUGCCUCACUCCUAAUGUGUGGAACAAUUGAUUACAAACAAAAAACAUUCAACUGGAUAACAUUUGCCCAAAUCACCACAUCCUGAUUGUUGGGCAAUAGUCCGGAGCUGAGAGCCGCGGCCUGACAACCAAAUUAAUUAUUCUUUCGGAUUUGGUUAUUUCCAGGGAAUUUCCAAAUAAAAUGGUGGAAAACCCCUAAAUAAAGAUCUAUUGGGAAGGUGA